AUGCUACGACCUCCCCCGUUGCCAGUCCUCCUAGCCGCCUUGCUGCCAGCGGCGCAGUCAAUUCUCGUGCCCUCUGGUUCGCCAUGCGCUGCCAACUGUGGUAAUAUCCUGGACAAGACGGCUCCAGAGGAACUAGUUUGCAGCCAGGGCAGCUUUUCGUCCGAUCCCACGGGGCAGCAGUUCGCUGCAUGUGUCGAUUGCGAGAGACCCAGCCCCUACCACAGUGGGAACGACAGCGACAUCCAGUCUAUGCUUUAUAAUGUCCGCUAUGCGUUGUCGUAUUGCGUCUGGGGCGAUGCGCCGGCAAAGAACCCCAAGGUUACCAACACGCCUUGUAUUACUACCAAGGCAUGCGGGCCGUUCAAGAAUGCGGUGCAGUUCAAAAAUUUGUCUUCGACCUACGACGCGUACCAGUAUUGUGAUCUCUGGCCGACAGAUGAUGCUCCAGACUUCCAGGGCUGCACUGAUUGCCUGCAGGCUGAAGGCAGGCAGUACAUGGCCAACUUUGUCAUUGCCCUCCAGGCUGGCUGCGAGCAGAAGCCGCCGGCGGGCCUUUACAUUGGGCUCGACGGCGAGCUCUUUUCCACCACGGCUGUGCAAAUCUCAACGCCGAGUCCCACGGCAACCGUCAAUCCGGCUUGGUUUGACCACGGUCCCCUGAACCUUGGUGCCAAGGUUGGCAUUGCCGUUGGCGCGCUUGUAGCACUCCUCAUUGUUGUCGGAUGCUUCAUCAUCUGGAAUGGGAAGCGCCGCAGAAGGGCAUAUCUGCGAGACCGGGAUACCAAGAUUGCCCAGAGGGACUGGUCAUCGCCUACCCACCAGCAAGAGAUGGGCCAGGCUCCUGGAUCACAGUCGUUUCGCGGCUACGACGACACCCCCGUCAGCCAACGCCCUCUCCGGGGCCAUGGAUGGGAUGACACUCCCGUGAGCCGGCAGGGCUCUCGGGGCUGGGAUGAUUCCCCCGUGAAUGCAAGCGGCGAGAAGCCGUUUCCCAGAUACUUUUCGCCUUAUUCCAGCCAGUACAAUAGCCCGGUCAGUGCGCGUGAUGGGCAGGCCAUGCCAUGGCCGCAAGGAGCAUUGCCCCCGAAUCAGCAUGCCGGCCUUGCGGCUGGCGCCGAGGGCUCCGGCGAGCCCCGGAGCGCAGUUUCAGACGACAAGGGCAAGGCGAGAGUGGAAGCCUAUGAGAUGCGCCUGGUAGAUACCAGCGAGAGCAGCAGCUCAAGAAGCCACCCGCCCGGAGAAAGGAGCGAGGCGCCUGUGUUGAACCACCCGGGUUGUGGGAGGGACGGGAAUGUGCCGUGA